GUGGUGUAAGCCUUUCUCAAAGGCUAGCGUCCUCAAGCGUCAAUCUUGACGAACAUUAUACGCUCAAUGGUUAACCAAAUUCCAGUGCCACAGGCCAAGUAUGAAUUGUUAAAAGACGUUCGACCACCUUGUUGGAUAACACGAGUUCUGUGCUUGGUAUUAGUAUUUUUUGCAAUUGGAGGUCUUUUUGUAAUACGUUCGUGGAUAGUAUAUCUUGUCAUUACUGUUCCUAAAUUUGAUACAAUAAGACUACUUAACGAUGCCAAGACUGCUACGUGGUUACGUAGGGCUUGGAUGUACGCCGAGUCGACGAAGGAGAACCAGAAUGCGGACCGGAACAACAGCAUCGGUGCGCCGCAGCAGUUCUACACCAAUUCCUCAGGGCAGAUCAUUGUCUGUUAUUACACCAUACCGGGCGACCUGAACACGCUCUGGGAGCUCAGUCCGUCGCACAUUGACCCUAAUCUUUGUACGCAUAUUAUCAUGGGUUUUGCGGGCGUGGUGAAUUGUAGUCUCGAUUUGGGUAGCAAUUCAUCUGUUUACAAGGAAGUUAUUGCCUUGAAAAAGCUGCAACCUGAAUUAAGGGUCAUGAUCAGUGUUGGUGGAAGUAAUGAGCUCCAUUUAGGUUUCUCAGAAAUGGUAAAAAAUCAUGCAAAUAGAAAAAGAUUUAUAAAAUCGGUUUUAAAUGUGACAAAGACAUUUGGUUUUGAUGGACUAGACUUAGAUUGGGAAUUUCCUGCAUGGCUUGGUGCUGAUGAACGAGAAAAAAUUCGUUUCUUACAAUUAUUAGAGGAAUUGCGGAGAGAAUUUUAUCGCGCUAAAGAAACAUUGAUUCUUUCUGUUGCAGUAGCUGCCCCACAAGCCAUUGUUGAUCAAAGCUACAUAGUUUUAGAAAUGGCAAAGUAUGUGGAUUUUGUGAAUUUAAUGUCAUAUGACUACCAUUUUUAUGUAUGGUACUAUCCAAUUACUGGGCUCAAUGCACCACUUUUCUCACAUAUUACUGAAUCUGGCUAUCUUUCUACUUUAAAUGUUAAUUUUUCGGCUCAUUACUGGCUUUUAAAGGGAAUGCCAAGAGAAAAGAUAAUUGUUGGGAUUCCUACUUAUGGCCACACUUACAAACUAGAUAAUUCGCAAAAUCACGAUAUAUUCGCACCAGCAAAUGGUUUUGGAAAAUUAGGUUUCAUGGGUUUUGUUUCUUAUCCAAUAAUUUGUAAAUUCCUUCAACAUGGUGCAAAAACUGUUUUUGAACACAAAAGCAAAGUUCCGUAUGCUUACAAAGACAAAGAAUGGAUUUCUUAUGAUGAUAUUACAAGUGUUUAUUAUAAGGCUAAAUGGAUUCGUGCAAAUAAUUUUGGAGGUGCAAUGAUAUUAUCUUUAAAUGUUGAUGAUUGGAAUAAUACAUGUAAAUUCAAUGAAAGCUUUCCUUUAACUCGUACUGUUACCAAGAUCCUCAGGUAUCAAGAAGAUUAA